AUGUUCAGCGGCCUGGCCCAGACCGGGGCGUGGGCAUGCCUCGACGAGUUCAACCGAAUCGAGGUCGAGGUGCUCAGCGUGGUCGCCAGCCAGAUAGCAGCGGUCAUGCAGGCCGUCAAGGAGGAGCGCAAGGUGUUCAACUUCCUGGGCCAGGACAUCCGCCUCAUACCCACCUGCGGCAUAUUCGUCACCAUGAACCCCGGCUAUGCUGGCCGCAGCGAGCUGCCAGACAACCUCAAGGCCCUGCUGCGCCCCGUGUCCAUGAUGGUGCCUGAUUUUGUGCUCAUCGCGGAGAUCAUGAUGUUCAGCGAGGGCUUUGGCGCCGCCAAGGCCCUGGCGCGCAAGAUGGCGGCCAUCAUGGAGCUCUCGCAGCAGCAGCUCUCAAAGCAGGACCACUACGACUACGGCUUGCGCUCGUUCGUCAUCCCCAUCGCCCGGGCGGCGGGCGUGCUCAAGCGCGCGGACCCGGAGGCCCCAGAGGAGGUCAUCCUGUACCGCACCAUGCUGGACCUUAUCCGGCCCAAGCUGGUGUUCCUGGACCUGCCCCUCUUCAUGGCGCUGCUCUCAGACCUCUUCCCGGGGGUGGAGCUGCCGCCGCCGGAGGGCGGCUUGCUGGGGGCCGCAGUGGAGGCAGAGCUGCGGGAUGCGGGGCUGCAGACCUCAUCCUAG